GCGGGGGUGGCCCAGUGCAAAGUGCAUCCCGAAAGCCCCCUGCCUGGAGCCCCCGCGGCUGGCACUUCGGACCCUGUAUGACCCGGGAUCUCGCUGCCCCGAGACCUCCCGGAUCCCCCGGUAGCUGGGAGCCGCCGGCCCGGAGCGCGGCAGCCCCUAGCUUCGAGCCCUCGGACCCGGACUGCCCCCCCACUCGAGCCGGGACUUCCUCCCUGCACCCCUGCCCCGAGGCUGCCCGGCGGCCGGGACCGCCGCCCCCUGCCUGCUCGACUGUCUGGAUGUUCGGCUGGCUGGGACCGUGAGGCACCGGAGAGGAUCAGGAACACCCGUGUCCGGCCCUGCCUGGGGUGUUUCUUCAAUGGAGAAGUUGGUGAGUGUGGAGGAGGCUGAAAGGAGGAAGAGAAGCAGCAGCUGAGGAGACAGAUUUGAGCUGGCUGGAGGACACCCGAGAGCAGGAAGAGGACUGCCCACCCACCAGAGAAGCUGGCGAGAGCCUCCGACCAGCAUCCUCUAUAAAGGUGAAGAAAGCUCUUAUGUGCUGAAGAGAACACCCUGAACACCCAUCAAGCCUCCUCCCCAUGAUGCUGUAUGUGCACAAUGGUUAUUAGGCAAUCCACCUGUCAGGACGAGGAGCAUCUUUCCAGAAGGCUGAUCCCUGUGACCUAAUGAAUCCUUUGUAAAAAGUGGACUCCGCGAGGAUGUUACACCACCACUGUCGAAGGAACCCUGAACUUCAGGAAGAAUUGCAGAUUCAGGCUGCAGUGGCUGCCGGGGAUGUUCACACCGUACGGAAGAUGUUAGAACAAGGCUAUUCUCCAAAUGGCCGGGAUGCUAAUGGCUGGACCCUGCUUCAUUUCUCUGCAGCAAGAGGAAAGGAGAGAUGUGUUCGAGUGUUUCUAGAACAUGGAGCUGAUCCCACAGUGAAGGACUUAAUCGGAGGCUUCACUGCUCUUCACUACGCAGCCAUGCAUGGUCGGGCCCGGAUUGCACGUCUCAUGUUAGAAUCUGAGUACAGGAGCGACAUUAUCAAUGCAAAGAGCAACGAUGGCUGGACACCCCUCCACGUGGCAGCUCACUACGGUAGGGACUCCUUUGUCCGCCUCCUCCUGGAGUUCAAGGCUGAGGUCGACCCACUCAGUGAUAAAGGUACAACCCCGCUCCAGCUCGCCAUUAUCCGCGAGAGGUCAAGCUGUGUGAAAAUUCUCCUGGACCACAAUGCCAACAUUGACAUUCAGAAUGGUUUCCUGUUGCGCUAUGCCGUGAUCAAAAGCAAUCACUCUUAUUGCCGAAUGUUCCUUCAGAGAGGAGCAGACACAAACUUGGGUCGCUUAGAAGAUGGACAGACGCCUUUGCAUCUGUCUGCCCUUAGGGAUGAUGUGCUCUGUGCACGGAUGUUAUAUAAUUAUGGAGCAGACACGAACACAAGGAACUAUGAAGGACAGACUCCACUGGCUGUUUCAAUAAGUAUUUCUGGAAGUAGUCGACCGUGUUUGGAUUUCUUGCAAGAAGUCACAAGACAGCCCAGAAACUUGCAGGACCUGUGCCGGAUUAAAAUUCGACAAUGUAUAGGCCUUCAAAACCUAAAGCUACUUGAUGAACUACCAAUUGCCAAGGUCAUGAAAGACUACUUAAAACACAAAUUUGAUGAUAUCUGAUACACUCAGAACUGUGAGCAAGCUUAGGAGUUAUAUUCCAGAUACUUAAAAGGCUUUUGGCCUUGCACAAAGUAUAUCCUAUGCAAUUUCUGAUUUGCUGCGAAGUCAGAAAGCAGGUAUACACCUUUAGGUUGUUUAUUUUUGUUGUUGUUGUUUGGUUGAUUGGUUUUCCUUGUAGGGGAGGGUUUUUUUUUUAUAUAUAUAUAUAAACACACACACACACCACAUGCUUGAAGGUCUUAAUUUGGUUUCUUGGUCCAAGAUUAAGAGGUCCAAGCUUUCUAUACAAAAUAUGCAUUUGCAAAAACCAUUUUUCCAAAACGACACAAGCAGGUUUGGAGUGGAGACUCUACCCUUUCCGAAUUUACGGUUUCGUUGGUGUGCACGCUAUUACAAACCAUCAGAACACUUGUCAAAGGGGGAG